AUGAGUCCUUCCACCAAGAAUCGACCGCACUUACCUAAUAAUCCGCAUCACCAGCUGGAAUGGUCCAAUUCGACGGCAAACUUAUUCCUGGGCGGUGUUGGAGUGCGGAGAUCGUGGAUGUUGGAUGCUUCAUCUUCCUUGUCAAUCAACUCUGCUCCUGCUCCUGCUCCUGCUCCUGCUGCCGUCCAGUCUUCACUUGCUGUUGUCUCGGCUCCGUCUUCUGCCUCUGCCUCUGCCGUUGCCAACCGACCCAAAAGUCGACCGCAAGGCAUGCAAAACUCCCCUUCAUCCUCCAUCAGAAUCGUCCCGCAGAGUCAGAGCAAAAGAGAUAAUAAUGAUGUCGCCUUCACUGCCAAUGGUAACAUCAUCCAUCCUCCUGCUACGUCCCCGCCGUCGGUCUUAAUGUCACCUGUGACGCCCGGGGGAAUCCUUCCGCAAAAUCGCGAAAUUCCACCACCCGGUCCUGGGGUACCGCCAAGCGCUCGCGUGUUUACCACAACACCUACCACGAAUUUCAGCGCUACUCCUUUGACGAGUGAGUCGACGGCGUUCGUACACGCAACUCAACCGCUGCAGCAGUCCCAUUCCUCCUCACUUCCGUCUCCCGAUCCAAGCAGUGCCUCCCAUCCUAGCCCUGCUAGCGCUGGAGACCGGAAUGACCGAAGUUUGUCACAUGGCGUUCUCCCAUCCCCUCCGCCAGUCUCCGGGCCGAUGCAGAUACACGGACAACUGGAAAACCCUAGGCGAAUUGGCUAUCGCAAUCUCAUGCCCGCCAGCGCAUCGCCGACCACAGCGGGCGUGGAGAGGAUGGCCGAGGAAACUUCGGCGCCAGCCACCAUUAGAGGCCGGCAGAGACACCAGGCGACUGCGAGUCCCCAGCAGUUCAUAGCCCCGGCCCCCCCUGAAGUACAACAGCAGUCUCGACCAUCAAUGACCAGCGCAGCGCCAGAUUCGAACCAUGUUCCUCCCAGCCCCGUUGGCCCGGGUCCUUCGACUUCCUUCAUCAACCAGACAUUUUGGACACAGUCGCAGGAGGCCCUAGAUGCUUUCGUGGCAAGAGCGGAUGGUGCCAUGCUGCUCUCAGAGACAGUGGAACUGCCACGGACACGUCUUCUACGGGAUGCCUGUCUCGAAAAGGAUCUAUUCUACCUAACUCUCCAUCAAAUAUACACCCUGCGCACCUUUGCUCCCUCGGAAUUUGCUCGGUUACCGUACGUAAGUGGACAAAACGAGACGGGAAUGGAAGUUGUGCAGCAGCUUCUAGUAGACAACCACCGUCUAUCAGGCGACUUCUUGAGGUGGAGCGUUAAUUUUCCCCGGCCGCUGGGUGUGAUGUGCCAGACUCGCGAGUUCCCAAUAGUUCUCCAUCAGAUCGCUCGUUCCCUGGGUUUCUUUUCCGAAAAGUGGACGGCUUUUGAUCGCCAUGUCCGAGAGCGCGGCUAUCCCCCUUUGAUUGAUGAAUUAGUCGUGCAAUUUGGCAUAACUUCCUCCGUACUAUUAUCAAUAGUAUUCCUAGCCUUGUCCCGAAGGAUUUUCGGCACCCAGCAUGAAGACCAGUUGCGGAGUAUUUACAGCAAGAACAAGCGGAAUUACGUGAAACGGUUCGGUUCCAGACUCACUCCGCAGCAGCUUCAUCGCGAGAACGAGCGUUUGAUCCAGGCGUACAAGGCCCUUUCCGGCACCCAGACAUCGCCAGUUGGCCAACAUACUUCAUCUGUGGCACGAGACCACGCAGCUCAGCCCUUAUCCCAGCGCUCAAUGCAGACCGUUGGGCCCGCAGGGCAGAUCACAUAUGUCGCAGUCCCAAGCCCUCAGAUGCCGUCCGCGCAAGUACCUGUACAUUGCUCUCAACCGCAGACCCAGCCAGUUCCUGCUCAUGCUCCUGGUGCCAUGAAUCGUGCCGCGUCGAUGCUUCUGAAUGGUCAGAGCCCCCAGCAUCCACUCCCUACACGGCCAAACCUCGUGCAUGCCAGGGGGCUUGACACUUCCUCUCAAGUGCCAGCUGGGCAGAUGACAGGCACGGCUACUCAUUCACCGGUGCCUGCACCUGCACCUGCACCUGCUGGAUAUCAGGCGCAAAUACUAUCGCACCCGCCUUCUCAGAAUGGCCGCCGAAUUCCACCACAACCUUCACCUCAGGCUAUGCCAAGCACAACUCCUAUUCAUCGCUUUACUACCAAGACGCGGCACGUGCAAGGGCUGGUGCAGCAACCGCAGCAAAGUCCGCCGGUACCACAACCGCUCCUUCCUCCACCGGGGUCCCUACCAUCUACCAUGACACGGCCUCACCCUCUCCGCCAGGCCCUACAUCAAGCACAUCUCCGCGAUCCCAUUAUCAAAUGGAAUUCUUCGGGAGCAGGAGGAGAAAAGACAGACAAGGAGACGAAUCUGUUCCAUUACUUAAACUCGUUCGCGGUACCGCCGACUCCUCUGGGGCUGGCAGAGUCUGCUUUUGAAUGGCAGUUUCCUCUUUCCCGAGCAGACUUUGACCGGCUUCCUCGAAUCGUGCCUCGCGAUACUGGCCAACGUCUAGUGCGAUCCCUGGUUGAUGGUAGUCAGAUAUACCGUCUGCGGUGUAUUCGCAUUUCGCCGUCGGCGAAUGAGGUGAGCCAGCAUACUUGGUGUCUCACAGAAUCUGUAUGGCCCAGUGUUAUUUACGUCUUUGUGAACGGUGUAGAACUCUAUGUUCGCCGCAAAUUUCACAACGGCAAAGAUAUUCCUCUGGACAUCAGUGGUCACCUAAAAGAAGGCUUGAAUACUAUCACCCUGCAUUUCAUCCGCAGCGCCGCCGAGAACAGAGACGUAGUAUAUGCGUUGGCGGUAGAGGUCAUGGAUAUCCUCAGUUUCACUCAAGUGAAGAAGCUCGCUCAGACCCUACCCGCACUCCAGUCUCGUGAGCGGAUUCGUCGACGUCUUUCCUCCAGCACUGCCGACGAUGAAUUAAGUAUUGUCAGUGACUACCUCACGGUCAAUUUAGUGGACCCGUUCAUGGCUCGAAUAUUCAACAUUCCUGCUCGCGGAAUUACUUGCGAGCACGUGGAAUGCUUUGAUCUCGAGACAUACAUCUUGACCAGGGCUUCCAAGGCGGGUAAAGCUGCCUUGAAGGAGAAUUGGAAAUGCCCAAUCUGCGGCGCAGACGCCCGUCCUCAGCAUUUGAUCAUCGAUGACUUUCUUACAGAAGUCCGUGCCGAUCUUGUACGCACGGGUUGCCUCGAGGGAGCAAGAGCAAUCAAGAUCAAGGCGGACGGAUCUUGGGAGCUCAAGAGUGAUGGGGAAGGCACUUCGUCUGAAAAGGAGCUUGCGCGGGCACAGGAAGGCAGCUCAUUGAAACGAAAACGUGAGGGUGUUGUUUCGCCUGUCGCAACUCAGCGACUGAAGACCGAAGACGCUGGUCGAGAAUCGCUAGCUUCUCGCGAAUCCUCAGCAUCUUUGGUCAUCGAACUCGAUUAG